ACACAAAAAGUAAAAUUCACUGUACAGUAUCAGCCACCAGUUUUUUCUUGGUGGGCUUUGAGAACUCUACCAUGAAGACUUAUCCAGAACUUGGCAGAUGCAUGGAAUAAAAACUGGGAUUGGAUUUUGUAAUUCUGAGAUGGGUCUUGCUUGGUUGUGUAAAAUACGCUCUCCCCAAAUCGGAUUUUUAGUUGGUUUUCCUCAUUAAGCUUCAUAGGCGAUUUGGGUCGAUUUGCAAUUGCCAGUUUUUGGGUUUGGAUGAGUUGUGGGAGUGAGAGUCUACUCUGAAUGUGUCUUUCAGAAAUGGAUUCAGAUGAAUGAAGGGUUGAGGAUUGUACAUAGUUCUCUAUAUGCUGGUCAGAUUAGGCUUCCUGGUUGCUGCUUCAGUCGCUGCCUAUUCGGUUAAGCAACUCAACUGCCCAAGGCCGACUUCCGUAAAACCUUCAGAAAAUGGUGAGGAAGGCCUUGAGCAACAUCAAAAUGGAGGAGGACAGAACCAGCAGUUUACUGACAAUGGUAUUGUGGAAAAGGAGCAUGUGGAAGAGGAAGAGGAGGAAGAAGAGGUUAAAAGAAUCAGCAGCCUAAUUAGCCCUGCUUUGAGCAAUCCCGCUCUUGUGGACGGCGACGAUGAGAUCUUACCGGAAUUUGAAGAACUUCUAUCGGAAGCAAUAGAGUUUCCACUACCCAAUGACAAAUUCGAUCUGAAAAGUUAUUCCCAGGCCAAAGAAGACAACAUUGUAUAUGAAAUUGAGAUGGCAAGCAAUGCGAGCGAACUACAACGGUUGCGGAACCUGGUAAAGGAAUUGGAAGAGAGAGAGGUGAAGCUUGAAGGCGAAUUGCUCGAAUUCUACGGUCUAAAAGAGCAGGAAUCAGAUAUUGACGAGUUACAGCGGCAGCUGAAGAUUAAAAUGGUGGAAAUCAACUUGUUGAAUAUCACCAUCAAUUCGUUACAAGCUGAAAGGAAGAAGCUCCAGGAAGAGAUUGCACAAGGUAUGUCGGCGAGGAAGGAGCUGGAUGUUGCCAGAAAUAAGAUUAAAGAACUUCAGAGGCAGAUUCAGCUUGAUGGGAACCAGACUAGAGGGCAGUUACUGAUGCUAAAACAACAAGUCACGAGCCUUCAGGUGAGGGAAGAGGAGGCUUUGAAGAGAGAUGUUGAACUUGAGAAGAAGCUGAAAUCCGUGAAGGAAUUGGAGGUGGAAGUCGUGGAGCUGAGGAGGCGGAACAAGGAGCUGCAGCAUGAGAAAAGGGAGCUGACUGUGAAAUUGGAUGCAGCUGAAGCUAGAGCAACUGCCCUCUCCAACAUGACUGAGACUGAAAUGGUCGCCAAGGCAAGAGAGGAGGUCAGUAGUUUGAGGCAUGUGAAUGAUGACCUUUCCAAGCAAGUGGAAGGAUUACAGAUGAACAGAUUCAGUGAAGUCGAAGAACUGGUGUAUUUGCGUUGGGUCAAUGCAUGCUUGAGGUACGAACUCCGGAAUAACCAGACACCGGCCGGUAAGACCUCCGCACGUGAUCUCAGCAAGAACUUGAGCCCAAGAUCUCAAGAGAAAGCCAAACGCCUGAUGUUAGAGUAUGCCGGAUCCGAACGUGGGCAGGGGGACACUGAUCUCGACAGUGUGUCCUCUCACCCAUCUUCACCUGGGAGCGAUGACUUUGAUAAUACUUCCAUAGACAGUUCCUCCAGUAGGUAUAGUAAUAUGAGUAAGAAGCCGAGUUUAAUUCAGAAGCUGAAGAGGUGGGGCAAAAGCAGGGAUGAUUCUACAGUAUCAUCACCAAGCAGGUCUUUUGGAGGAGGUUCCCCAAUCAGGGCUAAUAAUAAUAACAGAUCGUCUAUGUCGAGGGGCCCAUCUAUAUCAAGGGGUCCACUGGAAGCAUUGAUGCUAAGAAAUGCAGGCGAUGGUGUGGCCAUAACGACGUUUGGGAAGAAAGAGGACCCAACUGAAUCUCCUGACCUGCCGAAUCUCCCGCGUAUAAGAACGCGGGUUUCUUCGAGUGAUUCGCUGGACACAGUGGCAUCAUCAUUCCAACUGAUGUCCAAAUCCGUCGAGGGGGUGUUGGAUGACAAGUAUCCCGCAUACAAGGACCGGCACAAAUUGGCGUUGGAGAGGGAGAAGGCAAUCAAAGAGAAGGCAGAGCAAGCAAGAGUAGAGAGGUUUGGCGAUGGUUCCAACCUAAAUUAUUCAAAUUCAAAAUUGAACUCUGAGUCGAGAGCUAUAGCAGAAAGAGAGAAACCCGUUAUAUUACCGCAGAAACUUGCUCAAGUCAAGGAGAAGGUUGUUGUUAGCAAUUCGCUUUCUAGUGAUUCGAGCGAACAGCCCAAUGACAAUAAGAGCGAUACCCCAAUUGUGAGCAAGAUGAAACUCACACACAUCGAGAAGAGGGCUCCAAGGGUGCCUCGGCCACCUCCUAAGCCAUUGGGUGUCAGUGCUGGCAAUGCUGCAACCACUGCCAAUCCUUCAAGUGGGAUACCACCCCCACCUCCACGGCCUCCAUUACCACCAGGUGUGCCCCCACCCCCACCUCAGCCCGGCCUUCCUGGUGGGCCACCUCGUCCACCACCCCCACCAGGAAGUCUACUAAAAGGGCCAGGUGCUGGCGAAAAAGUUCACAGGGCUCCUGAACUGGUUGAAUUCUAUCAGUCUUUGAUGAAGCGCGAAGCAAAGAAGGAAACCCCAUCCUUGACUUCGGCGACAUCGAAUGCAGCAGAUGCUCGGAGCAACAUGAUCGGCGAGAUUGCAAACCGAUCAACAUUCCUCCUAGCUGUGAAAGCUGAUGUGGAGACGCAAGGCGAUUUUGUGCAAUCCUUAGCCACUGAAGUCCGGGCAGCUUCUUUCACUAACGUAGAAGAUCUAGUGUCAUUUGUUAACUGGCUGGAUGAGGAACUUUCCUUCCUGGUUGACGAGCGUGCAGUCCUUAAACAUUUCGAUUGGCCUGAGGGAAAAGCCGAUGCGUUGAGGGAGGCAGCUUUCGAAUACCAAGACCUUAUGAAGUUAGAGAAAAAAGUCUCAUCUUUCGUUGACGAUCCGAAGCUCUCUUGCGAACCUGCUCUAAAGAAGAUGUAUUCAUUGCUUGAAAAAGUGGAACAAAGUGUUUAUGCACUCCUUCGAACCCGAGAUAUGGCUAUUUCACGGUACCGGGAGUUUGGAAUUCCAGUUGAUUGGUUGAUGGACUCUGGUGUUGUGGGAAAGAUCAAGCUCUCAUCUGUCCAGUUGGCGAGGAAAUACAUGAAGAGGGUGGCAUCAGAGCUUGAUGCUUUGAGCGGACCCGAGAAGGAGCCAAACAGGGAGUUUUUGGUUCUGCAAGGCGUCCGCUUCGCCUUCCGCGUGCAUCAGUUUGCAGGAGGAUUCGACGCAGAGAGCAUGCACGCUUUCGAAGAGUUAAGAAGCCGUGUCCAAUCGACUCAAACAGGUGAAUCCGAGAAGCCCCAAGCAUGAGUGGUUUCGCCUUCAUCUUCUCGUAUUUUUAUUGAAUUUUUGUUGUAUAUUUGCAUAUCUCCAUGAAAAUUUUCAAAUGUAUUUGAUUUUGAAUCUGUGUAGUGAUCAUCAGUUCACUUAAAUGAGAAAUACAGUGUUUAUACUGGGAAA